AUGUCUGAUCAGGCCAUUCUCCGCAUCACGCGCGAGAUUCGCCAGAUCCAGCAAGGAACAGACCUGUCGUUGGGUGUGGCAUACCAUGAAUCCGACAUCCGCAGUGUGAAAGCACUGAUCGUUGGCCCUCCCGACACUCCUUAUGAAUUCGGCUUUUUCGAGUUCUCAAUAAAGUUUCCUAGAGACUACCCUGCGAGCCCCCCAAAUGUAAACGCAUUGACAACAAACGCCGGCCGUUGUCGAUUCAACCCUAACAUCUAUGCUGGAGGCAAGGUUUGCUUGUCAAUUCUUGGAACAUGGCGUGGGGAAAGAGGCGAAGAAUGGUCCUCUGCCCAAGGAUUAGAAUCGAUCCUAAUCUCAAUCCAAAGCCUGAUGUCUUCCAAUCCGUAUGAAAACGAGCCCGGUUACGAGGAUGCCAAAGGACCUGAGGAUCUGAAAGCAAUGGGCCAAUAUGUUGCGAAGAUUCAACACGAGACGCUGCGUAUCGCAGUUAUUCGACCGCUAGAAGAUGCAUUGGGGAUCCAGAAGGAUGGUACAGUCAUCCCUCAGGGAAAAUCUCUAAAUGCCAGCGAUGACGAGGAAGACACGUUUGCAUAUGACGAUGCGAGGUGGUUCUUCAAACCCUUCGAAGAUCUCCGCAAACGUCGUUUCCUGUGGUAUUACGAGUCCUAUAUGCAAGCUAUCGAGGCAGCAUCUCAGAAGGUCAAGAAAAACGAGAAAUUCGAAACCAUGACAUUUGAACACCCAGGAAACAGCAUGGACGGCACAUUCAACUAUCCCAAUCUGAAAAGUCGGCUGGAAUUCAUCAAAGAGACCCUCACAAAUGAGACAGAGCGCUGGGGUGUGCACGGAUUGGAGUCCAAGAAAAACGAGUCGAGCAUAGCAAACAACAUACAACGCCAGCACGAUCAAAUAAAGGAGGAGCUGAACUCACGCAAGUCCUUCUCUGUCGACAUAUCGCUGGCCGAUGGAAACCCGUUUGUUUGGACCAUUACAUAUUUCGGAAGGCCCAUGACGCAUCUCGAUGGCGGCGUGUUCAAGAUCAAGAUGUAUCUAAGUACUAGCUUCCCCGAAGAGCAGCCGCGAGUCUUUGUCGAGACGCCUAUCUUCCACCAGCGUGUCUCCAAAGACGGGGUACUCUGCUAUUUCCCCAGUCGGUCCGAGGAAUUGAAAUACCACAUUGACGCCAUCGUCCAAGCUCUCGAAGAGGAGUCUCCCCCAUUUGAUCCCAGGACGACAGUGAAUCUAGAAGCAUCGAAACUAUUCUGGGGCACGCCGGACGAGAGGAAAAGGUACAAUAGAGCUUUGCGACGAUCAGUGGAGAAGAGCGCCGAGUAA